CCAAAGUACAGUACAAUUAACUCUAUUGUACAACAAAUACUUUUAAAUACUUGUUUCGGCAAUAACAACAAUUAACAAUACUUGUUAAGACAACUACAAUACUUUGCAAAACUCGCUAACACAAUCGAUCUCUGUUUUACAACUGCACUUUUUGAUGCGCUGUGGCAGCGGCCUUAUAUACUUGCACUCGAACUCAUGGCAACUCUAGAACGUUGUGCCAUCUAUCCCACAUUCUUUAAUACUCUCGCUGUUCGCUGUAUUCCACUUUACAUUUCUUGCUGUCGAAUAUUCUACGCCUUUCGUCGGACAUUUUCUUGUUGUUCGCUUCGCGUUGCCGCAGUAUUCGCCACAUUAUGCUAUAUUUUUAUAAAAAAAAGUAAAUAUUGCAUAAACAAACGGAAAUACUAAGGACUAAAAGGGUCAAAUAAGGUCAAAUGACGAGGAGUGUACAACGCGAAGAAAACUUGAAAUUAUCUAUGUUAGACAAGUUGGAGCAAAUCGAAAAAAACCACCUUUUACAAAACAAAGCUGUUAUGACAGUUUUGGCAGAACAUAAAAUUUUAAUCAGCAAGCUAAUUCGCCAGGAAUCUCUCGCUGCGCCCAUUGGCGACCUCUUUCCAAUUUGUACCGAUGAAGCUUUAGCCGCCGUAGAUGAAAAAAUAUUUCAGGACAACCGAGACAUUUACGUUUCCAUGAUGAGAAAACUUUUUCAGUAUUCCGCCCAUAAAAAUUUCAGAAACAUUCUCGCCGAGUCGAUGAUAAUACGAUAUAACAUAGACGGUACACAUGGAAAACAAAGCCUGAAGUCUUUUAAAAAAUUUUAUGCUGCGCUUUUAGAUGCCAUUUCGCAAUUACCAGGUGUUACUAAUCCAGAAGAGCAAUUGCGCCGUGCUUUCAGGGUUCAAAAAAAGCGCCACUUUAAAAAUGCAGCAACAGCAAAUAAUCAGUAAUUAAUUUCUGAACUGAAUAAUUAAUAUAACGCCUUAUUCACACUUUGGACUGAAUCCUUAAUAUAAUUAUAAGAAAAGAAAGUACAAACUUAAGUUAUUUACUGAAUUUUGGCAUAAGAGCUUAACGUAUAUUUGCAAGUUUAAAAUGUAAGCGUAUAUAUAAAACAAAAUUGGUUCGAAAAGAACGUACAUAUGUACAGUUGCGCUAAAAAUAAUAGCAGUAAAAUUCAAAAUGAUGCUGUGGCAACUUAUCUUUAUUUAUUUAUUGUUAGUAAUUUUCAUUUUACAUAUGGGUCGAUCUACAUAUAUCAGAU